UGAACACCGUGUCGAUCUCCGACCUCGUCGUCGCCGCGACAAAAACCGCUUUGAUCAUCACCUCGUCGUCGACGCACCUCCACCGCAUAUGUAGCAGUAGACAAGUAGCAUCUGCAUCUGCGUGCCAUACACGAUUGCUCCAGCUAGCUGCACCUGCACAUCGCCAUGGCCAUGGCCGACCUGGAGUUGGAGAAGGUUGCGAGCUUCUUGCUGGCGGCGCUGCUGCCGCUCGUGCUCUUCAAGCUGGCGGCGGCGAAGCGCGGUGGUGGCGAUGGCGGCAUGAGGCUGCCGCCUGGGCCGUGGCGGCUGCCGGUGAUCGGCAACCUGCACCAGAUCAUGGCGGGUGGCCAGCUCGUGCACCGCACCAUGGCCGGCCUGGCGAGGGGGCUCGGCGACGCGCCGCUGCUGUCGCUCAGGCUCGGCGAGGUCCCCAUCGUCGUGGCCUCGUCGGCCGACGCCGCGAGGGAGAUCAUGAGCAGGCACGACGCCAAGUUCGCCACACGGCCGUGGAGCCCCACCGUGCGGGUCCAGAUGGUCGACGGCGAGGGCCUCGCGUUCGCGCCCUACGGCGCGCUGUGGCGGCAGCUGCGCAAGAUCACCAUGGUGGAGCUGCUCAGCCCGCGCCGCGUCAGGUCGUUCCGCCGCGUGCGGGAGGAGGAGGUCGGCCGCCUCGUCGUCGCCGUCGCCACGGCGGCGACGCGGCGGCCCGGCGAGGCCGCCGUGAACGUCGGCGAGCGGCUCACCGUGCUGAUCACCGACAUCGCGGUGCGCACGAUCAUCGGCGACCGGUUCGAGCGGCGGGAGGAUUUCCUCGACGCCGCCGCCGAGUGGGUCAAGAUCAUGUCCGGGUUCAGCCUCGGCGACCUGUUCCCGUCGUCGAGGCUGGCCAGCUUCGUCAGCGGCACGGUGCGCCGGGCGGAGGCGAACCACCGCAAGAACUUCGAGCUGAUGGAUUACGCUCUCAAGCAGCAUGAGGAGAAGAGGGCAGCUGCUGCAGCUGCCGGCGCCGGCGCCGUGGAAGACGAUGAGGACAUCGUCGACGUGCUUCUCAGGAUUCAGAAGGAAGGGGGCCUCGAAGUGCCCCUCACCAUGGGCGUCAUCAAAGGCGUCAUUCGUGACCUUUUUGGUGCCGGGAGUGAGACAUCAGCUAAUACACUCCAAUGGACUAUGUCCGAGCUCGUGAGGAACCCAAGAGUGAUGCAAAAGGCACAAACUGAGCUACGUGAUUGUCUUCGAGGAAAGCAAUCGGUGUCAGAAGAUGAUUUGAUCGGAUUGAAAUACUUGAAGCUUGUCAUCAAGGAAACCCUAAGGCUGCAUCCUGUAGUGCCACUGCUUCUUCCGAGAGAAUGUCAAGAGACAUGUAACAUUAUGGGGUACGACGUGCCCAAGGGUACAAACGUGCUCGUGAACGUCUGGGCAAUAUGCAGAGAUCCUAGGCAUUGGGAAAAUGCUGAGACAUUCAUACCAGAGCGAUUUGAGGAUAGCACCGUAGACUUUAAAGGCACAGACUUUGAGUUCAUACCAUUUGGAGCAGGACGAAGGAUGUGCCCUGGUUUGGCAUUUGCGCAGGUUAGCAUGGAGCUUGCUCUAGCCUCAUUGCUAUAUCAUUUCGACUGGGAACUCCCUAGUGGUGUUGCGCCAAGCAAUCUAGACAUGGAAGAGGAGAUGGGUAUCACCAUCCGAAGGAAGAAUGAUCUUUACCUGGUUCCAAAGGUCCGUGUGCCUCUAUAGUUUGGCUCGUAACUGCUUCACACAAUAUGUGUCUCCUGUGACCCGUACCUGCCAAGUAGCGAUCAUGAGCAUUCCAUUGUGUUUCAUGCCCUUAUGGUGUUAUGCUGCUCAACUUUUUUAAUGUUUUCUCGAAAUAAGUACCAUCAUAGUUGUUCAUGUAACUAUAAAUUACGAGUUUAAUUUGUGUCGUAGUUAACAAGCUCGAGUUGUUUGUGUUGUUUUCCCUUUGCUAAAA